AAGGAAAGAAUGAUGUUAAACCUGUUCAGAUGAAUGACGCCUAUGAAGAUAAGACCAUUAAUAUCAACUACAAUAUCAUGUGUCUCAGUCGUGAAGAAGGUAUUGAGUGGAUCAAAAAAGAGAGACUUCCAGCGUUCCUGGAAAGUGAUUGUUACUUUGAAUACAGAUUAGCCAAAUUGGUCUCACAAGUGAGAUGGAGUGGAUCGGGUAUGAACUUCACACUUAAUGCAGAUUUUUCCCCGUGGGUCCUGAAAAAACCAGCCAGCCCACCACCACCUGUUGCUGAAGAAGAGAAUGUUAUCAUCAUGAAAAAGUUCUACAUUUCUCUUGGCGAGGCCUCCUAUACUCAAACAAAAGAUUGGUUUGCCUUAGCGAAACAGAGUCUGCAAACAGCAUCCACGUUUUCAUUACCAACUUAUGUAGUCCACAGCAAACUUGAAACUCCGGUUGUUUCAUCUGUUUCUGACAGCUUUUUCUUUGAUGAUGGAAUUCACCCAAGGACAAAAAGGGACUCAUCUGAAUCCGUUAGAUUAACUUCUCGUUUCGAAGAAGAUGACGACAUGGGCUCCAUCUCUCUACAAGACACUCCUUCUCAAGCCCUUUUGAGAAUAUACCUUGAGAGGCAACAGGAUGAUGAUGAAAGCCUUACAUUGAGUUUCUCAACAUGGGAAGGAUUUUUAAGAUCGUAUAUAGCCUUUAUUUUGAGAGUAGCAAUUCAUCAAAUUUUUGAAGAGCCACUGAUAGAAAGGCCAGAUUAUAUAAACUUCAACAAGGUAACAGAAGUGGUGCUCGAGGAGGGUUUUGAGCCUCUCUUUGGCAGAAAUAUUUUGUUAAGUGAAACAUUUCAAAUCACAAAUGAAAAGUCAAAAGAGAUGUUAGAGCAAUCAAGUUCAAAGAGUGAGAGCAUUGGACCAGAAACCAGGGCUGACUGGUGCAUGUCUCACAAAACCUAUGAUAUUGGCAAUAGAAAGGAGUUUGAAAGAUUUAAGAAAUUUAUAAAAAAUACAUUAGGAGAGAGAUAUUGGUCAUUAUGGAUGGAUAUCGAGAGGCUGAAAGUUCUUAAGGACCCUGGAAGACAUCAAAGACAUCUUGAGAGGAUGAAAAAAUACUAUCUGGUAAGCAAUGGAGAUUGCUACCUUUCUGCAGAAAUAUUAUCAAAACUUAAGCUGCUGGAUGCAUCUCAGUGGAAUGAAGAACACUUAAGAAAUAUUCAGACUGAGGUUGUAAAACCCUUACUUCUAUAUUGGGCACCAAGAUUCUGUGUUACUCAUUCAUCCUCAGUCAAACAUGCUAGUGCUGAACUGAAAUUCUGGCACCUCCGUCAAGAGAAACCAAGGAAGGAUGUUGACCCUUUUCCACAAAUGGCAACCCUCUUGCCAUUAAGACCUAAAUCUUGUAUUCCACAGAUAUCUGAUAUGCAGAAAGAAGAGUCCAAUUUAUUACAACGUCCUAAAUCUCCCAAGAAACCCCCUCGAGUAAAAACAGCAGUUCAAAAACCAUGGAGGAGCAAGUCUUUGUCUCUAAUUUCUUCGCAGGGCAAUGUGAUUGAGAAAGGGCUGAGGCACAGGUUGGAAAGCAGCAAUAUUAUUCGCUUAACAUCUUUUACUGACAUUUCUGAAUGUCUGAAGCCCCAGCUGGAUAGAAGAUACACUUACACAGAAGAACCUUUGGUUAAAGCCAUGGCUGAUGGUGCCUUGGGAGGAUUUGACAUGGAAAAUUUGUUGCAAUCUUUGUAUGUAGAAAAUAGAGCUGGAUUCUUCUUUACUAAAUUCUGUGAGCAUUCAGGAAACAAGUUGUGGAAGAACGGUGUGUACUUUUGGUUUGACCUACAGGCUUAUCAUCAGCUUUUCUACGGAGAAACACUUCACCCUUUUAAAGUAUGCAAACAAGCCCAAUAUCUUUUUGCCACAUACAUUGCUCCUUCGGCUACUCUUGACAUUGGACUCCAACAGGAAAAGAAAAAAGAAAUCUAUAUGAAAAUACAGCCACCAUUUGAAGACCUUUUUGACACGGCAGAAGAAUAUAUCCUCCUCCUCCUUCUUGAGCCCUGGACAAAGAUGGUAAAAUUCGACCAGGCUGCUUUUGGAAAGGUGGAGCUGAUAGAAGAAACUCGACAGUUAGAUUCCACAUACUUCAGAAAGCUACAGGCUUUGCAUAAGGAGACAUUUUCCAAGAAAACUGAGGACACUGCUGGUGAAAUUGGAACUGGUAUUUCACGGCUUCCUGAGGUCUCUAAAAAACCAGAAUACUGGAAUAAUGUUCCUGAAGAAUAUAAGCACUUUAAUUUUAAUGACCUGCUUAACAACAAACUGGAGUUUGAACAUUUCCGCCAGUUUCUUGAGGCUCAUUCUUCAAGUAUGGACCUUAUGUGCUGGAUGGACAUUGAACAGUUCAGAAGAAUAGUUUAUGGAGACCGAAAGCAAAGAGAAGAAAAAUCUAUAUAUAUUAAAAACAAAUACCUUAAUAAAAAAUAUUUCUUUGGCCCCCAAAGUCCAGCUUCUCCAUAUCAGCAGGACCAGAUAAUGAAUCUAAGUGGUGGCUGGGGAAGGAUGCUCCAUGAGCAGCUUGAUGCCUCUGUCCUGCUUGAAGUUCAGAAGCACGUCCUCAAUAAGCUGGAAAACGUGUGGCUGCCAUUGUUUCUUGCAAGUGAACAGUUUGCAGCACGCCAAAAGAUAAAGGUACAGAUGAAGGACAUAGCCGAAGAGCUCUUGUUACAGAAGCAUGAAAGGAAGAUCGGGGUCUGGAAGCCUGUGGAGAGUAAGUGGAUAUCUUCAUCUUGUGAAAUCAUUGCUUUUCGUAAAGCAUUAUUGAAUCCAAUUACUGCAAGACAGUUUCAACGGUUUGUGGCACUAAAAGGAGAUUUAUUGGAAAAUGAUGUACUCUUUUGGCAAGAAGUACAAAAAUAUAAGGACUUGUGCCAUUCGCAUUGUGAUGAGUCCAUCAUUCAUAAGAAGAUCAUGACUAUUAUCCACUGCUUUAUUAAUUCUAGUAUUCCACCGGCUUUACAAAUUGACAUUCCAGUAGAGCAAGCCCAGAAGAUUAUUGAACACAGGAAGGAGUUAGGACCAUAUGUGUUUAGAGAGGCACAGAUGACAAUUUUUGGGGUUCUAUUUAAAUUUUGGCCUCAGUUUUGUGAGUUUAGGAAGAACUUAACUGAUGAAAAAAUUAUGAGUGUUUUAGAGAGGAGACAAGAAUAUAAUAAGCAGAAAAAAAAAUUGGCAGUCAUAGAAGAUGAAAAAUUUGCAAAGGAUGGACUCAGACAAUAUGCAAGUUCUUCAGCAUCUGCUAUCAAAACAGUUACUCUAGCCACUGACCCAGUUUUAGGCCUACAAGCAUAUGGUCGACAGCCAACCUGGUGCUACUCCAAGUACAUAGAAGCCUUAGAACAGGAAAGGAUUCUUCUUAAAAUUCAAGAAGAGAUGGAAAAAAAGUUAUUUACAGCCACAUCAUCUUUCACAAAUUUUAAGAUUCCUGCUUCAGCUCUGUCUUUGAAAAAGACCGUAUCUUCCCACAACAUCCAGAAGACUGAUAGGACCCUACAGUUGGGACUGGCCGCUAAUCGAAAGACGUCAGUGCCUUUACAAAGUAGAACAAUAAUAUAG